AUGGCACCCCACCUCGCGCCCUUCCAGCCCCCAUUGGGCCCCCAGCCCGCCAACGCCCACAUCUACUCCCCCCACCAAGUCACCCUGCAGAUGAAGGAGAAAGUCUUCAGUUUGUCAGGCGACGACUUCACCAUCCGCACAGUCGACGGCCUCGACGUCUGCACCUGCCACGGCAAAAUGGUCUCCGCCCGGGACCGCAAGAAAUUCACCGACAUGGCCGGCAACGACCUCUUCACCCUGAAAAAUAAAAUGCUGUCCAUCUCCAAAUCCUUCCACGGCGAAUCCCCGCACGGCCAGCACGAUUUCGAAGUGAAAGGGCAUUUCAAACUCAUCGGCUCCCAUUCCACUGUUACUUUUAAGAAUGCAGCGGACGGGGUCCAGGUGGAGUUGGAGGUCAAGGGGGAUUGGAUGGAUCGGAGUGCGGAGAUUUCGUAUGGGGGGAGGCCCGUGGCGGCGAUUCAGCGGAGUUAUUUUAAUGUAAGGGAGAUUUGGGGGGAUAAGCAGACGUAUUUCGUCGUGGUGGCGCCGAAUGUGGAUCUCAGUUUGAUCGCUGGGUUGUGUAUUUGCUUGGAUGAGAAGGAGAAUGAGAAGUAG